GAGAGAGCAGUCAAAGAGGAGGAUGAGGAGAGAGCCAUCACAGAGGAAGAGGAUGAGGAGAGAGCAGUCAAAGAGGAAGAGGAUGAGGAGAGAGCCAUCACAGAGGAAGAGGAUGAGGAGAGUGCAGUCAAAGAGGAAGAGGAUGAGGAGAGAGCCAUCACAGAGGCGACGGAGGAAAGACCACUCAAAGAGGAGGUGAAGGAGAGCGGAGUCAACGACGAGGAGAGUCCAGUCAAAGAAGAGAACAGGGACGGGUCUUCUCCAGAUCUAGAGGAAGAGGAAGUAGAUAGUAUCACUGAUCCAGGAGAGAUCUCCAACCCAGGUUCAGACGGUGAGCCCAGUUCCACAGCAUCAGGAAACCAUAAACGACACAGACGGAGGAACUCAAGACAGAAACAUCACCACUGCAUGGACUGCUUCACUAGUUUCUAUGAGCCAGAGGAGUUGAGAAGACACACUUGUAGGGCCCACCCCUGCUCAGAUUGCAGAGGCAGUGUUAUUUGUCCAACUCACCUCAAAUCACACCAACAGACUCACAGAAUAAAGAAGAUUUACCCGUGUGAUCAAUGUGGGAAGAGCUUUCCGACACCAAGCAAACUAAUGACGCACCAGAGAACUCACACAGGAGAGAGGCCUUACCACUGCUCCCAAUGUGGGACCAGCGUCAGUAAUUUAGCACAUCUAAAGCGACACCAGAGGAUAAUACACCUGGCAGAGAAGCCUUACCACUGCUCUCAGUGUGAUAAGCGUUUCAGUCAGGCAGGUCACCUGAAGACACACCAGCGAACUCACACAGGAGAGAAGCCUUACCACUGCUCUCAGUGUGGGAAGAGCUUUGGUCGGGCAGGAUCUCUGAAGACACACCAGAUUACUCACACAGAAGAGAAGCCUUAUCACUGCUCUCAAUGUGGGGAUAACUUCACCAGUUUAUAUUUCCUAAAGAAACACCAGAUAACUCACACAGGAGAGCAGCCGUACCACUGCUCUCAGUGUGGAAGGAGCUUCAGUCAGGCAGGAGACCUGAAGCAACACCAGCGAACUCACACAGGAGAGAAGCCAUACCACUGCUCUCAGUGUGGGAAGCGGUUUGGUUGGGCACGAGCUCUAAAGACACACCAGCUAACUCACACAGAGGAGAAGCCUUAUCACUGCUCUCAGUGUGGGAGGAGCUUCAGUCAGACGGCACACCUGAAGAAACACCAGCUAACUCACACAGGAGAGAAGCCUUACAACUGUUCUCAAUGUGGGAAGGGUUUCAGUCGGCCAGCACACCUAACGAGACACCAGCGAACUCACACCGGAGAGAAGCCUUACCACUGCUCUCAAUGUGGGAAGAGCUGCAGUCAGACAGCAGACCUAAAGAGGCACCAGCUAACGCACAUCGGAGAGAAGCCUUACCACUGCUCUCGGUGCGGGAAGAGUUUCAGGCAUUUAACAACUCUGAAGAUGCACCAGAUGAGAAGCUUUUCCACUGCUGUUAGUGUGGGAAGAGCUUUAAAUGCAUAAAAUAACAUCAGAAGAUGUCGCCCAACACUGACCUUUAUAAUGGUGUUGCCAAGCUGGGCAUCUAACCAAUAUUGACUGAGUUGGGUUUUUUUUCUUCUCCAACCUGAUGUACAUUGUCAUAUAAAAAAUGUACCAAAGCUUAUGGAAUAUGACACGAGGGUCACAUUUUAAAUGAAAGUGUCUAUUCCUCCAGAAAUGUA